AUGGCUGACCCGUGCAGUGAUGCUGAGAUGGGUGAUGCUGAUGAUCUUGACCUGGACACACUCGUCAUGAUGCUGGAUGGAGAAGUCACGGAGGAACCAGAGUGCCAGGCGUCAACCAACCCUGAUCCCUCCAUUGCAGAAGAGCUGGGCCUUGUGUUAUCAGAUGAGGAGGAAGAGGAAGCAGCGAGUCAACCACCAACAUCAAAUAGUUCUUUCUCAUCAUUUAGUGCGGCCUUCUCCAAGACCAAACCUUCUAAUAAGCAGACAAAGGAGAACAAUGAUGCUGAAGUUGUCGACCCUCUUGAGUCUGAGCUUCGGGAAAUGGAGGCACGUGUCAAGCUGCUACAGGAAUCACUUGCCAAAAAGAAAAGACUACAAGGCAAAACUGCCACUAGAUUUACUAAACUUACCACUACAUCUGGAACGGAAAAGAAAACCACAAGUCGAGUCCUCUCAGCUAGAGAAGAAGCAAAACUGCAUAAAAGACUUAAGAGGGGAAGCGAACUGCACUCUGGAGAAACCGAUUCAGAGGAUGAGGAGGAUAACCGUAACCCCAUGGAACAGCGCUACAACACCGAUGGGCAGGACAUAAAACGCAGGAUCGCUCAUGAGUCUCAAAGCAAAAGAAUUGAUAGGGUUGGCCAGGACAUAAAUCGUAGGAUUGCUCAAGAGUCUCAAAGCAAAAAAAUUGAAAGGGUAGACAAAGCUCCAACUAUCAAUGGGAGCGCUACAGAGAAGACAGGAUGGAAGACCACGGACAGAGCGCUGGUCAACCUUGCAAGAGCUGGCAGUACAUCCUCACAAGACACGGAUAAAAAUGUUACUCUGGAUGCGUACUCAGGAAUUAGAAUCGUAAACCCUCUUGUGUCCCAGGAGGCAAUGAGGGAAAGGAUGGAAACAAGGAAAAUGGUGCGCUUGUCCACCAUUACUUUGCACCUGCGCAAUGGGGAAAUUGAAGGUGAUUGGGCAACCAUUGGGGUUCUUGUGUCCAAAAGCAACCCCAAGGUGUCUCAAAAGGGUUCUCAGUACUCCAUCUGGAAGCUGAGUGACCUUUCAGACUGCACCAAGACAGCUGCACUCUUCCUCUUUGGCGGGUCCCACAAGUCCCUCUGGAAGCAUAGUAUUGGCACCGUUUUUGGCAUCCUCAAUCCCAAUAUUUUAAAAGAAAAGCGCAGCGAAGGAUUCUCCGACAUUAUUUCUUUGUCCAUCUUUGAGCCCCAGCGGGUGAUGGUGAUGGGCUCCUCCAAGGACCUGGGCUGGUGCAAGGGAACGACAAAGAUGAACGAACCCUGUCGGCAGUUUGUGAACAAGUCUUCCUGCGAGUUUUGUGUCUACCACAUUCAACGCGAGUACCAGAAGUCAUCCUCCAAGCGGUCAGACCUGCAGAGUACUUUUUCUCGUGUGGAUCCCAAGCGACGUCUGCAGGAAAGAGUGCUGGGCAAAGACCAAGUGUUUUAUGGGGGGCAGUUAUACACCUCUCCUGCAGUCAAGCCGCCUCCCAAGCAGCCCAAAGCCAACCGAGCCAAGGACUUAGCCACCCUGAACUCCCUCAAGAUAAAAAUGAAAGCAGAGGAAUUGAAGGCCAAAGACAUCGCGGCCAUUCCCAUUCCCAAGCACUUGAGUGAAGGAGAAGCCUCAGCUGUUAAGGAUGUGGUCCAAACGAAUGAGUUCCUGGGCGAAAAGUUGUUGGCUCCCUCACCUGGUGCUCGAAAUCUCCUGAAGCACAUGGUCAAGGAGGACACCAAGAAGAAGGUGGAAUCCGGGGCCAUCCGCAGCGUGUCGGCAAAGGAGUUGCUGACCAUGACACACCAGAGUAUGGUGGCCAUGAGGAAGCAGCAACAGGAGAACAUCAAAAGGAAAUCAGGCGGGCACCCUUCACCACCAUCAAUGAGUCAGCCGUCAGCACCACAGAAAUCAGGCGGCCGCCCUUCACUGUCAUCACUAAGUCGGCCGUUAGCGCCACAGCUGGCACGGGGAGUUCAGCCAGGAGGAGAGGUUAACCUUGACAUCUUCUCUCCUCCCUCUGCUAGACAGCUCGACCCUGCCAAGGCAAAAGCACUGGCACUGGUCCAGAGGAAGGGAGGCAUUCAAGCUGCAGAUCCAAAUGCUGUUAGAAAUAAGGAGAAGGCGGUGCUUCCAGAGUUUAAGAACAAAAUCCAAAAGCGUCUCAACACAGAUGAUGAUGGGGUGGACUCAGCUGUUAAGAAAUCAAGACUAAGUGAAGAUAUGAAGAAUGGCACACUUCGGAACAGCCUCGGUGCAUUGAACACAAAUUCAGAUAAAUUUAAGGACAUGAUGGAGAAGAAGUCUCGCCACAGCAAUCUUGUUGACGUGGUGGAGAAUGAAGCCAUGGAAAAGUACUACCAAGGGCUGGAAAAGAAGGAGAUGAUGGAGGAGAAACUUUCCUCCAUCAUGGAGAUCACCAUCACUGCUCACGUGUGCUUCAAGUGCAAGUACAUGUCUGAGAGGGUCUCGGAGCUGUGUAAAGAAGAGAAUCAUGACUUGAAGACUAUUAAAGCCAAAAAGAGAUUUUUUGAAUGCAGAAACUGCAAGCAACGCACCUCUGCCUUGGACAAGCUCCCCAGGAAGUCAUGUGGUAACUGUGACCAUAACUCCUGGUGCCGUGUUCCCAUGGGCAAGAUCAAGAAGGGACCAAAGCUAGACUCGGAAAUACUCAGCCUAAGAGGGGACGAACUGAAGCAUUACAGCGGCAGCAGCGCUCAAAUAUACCUACACGUUUGAAUGUGUUCUUAGGAGUGAUUUUUUUCUUUUAUAUAUAUAAAUAACUUUUUUAGCAAACAGUUUUAAAUCAUUAAUCUGGAUGGAUGUAUUUUCUUUAUGGUGCCAUCAUAUGACAAUUUAUUAAAAUGUAAUAUCACAAGGAGUCAUUUUUUACACAUAUUAAUUUAAGUUCGGCCUGCAGAUGGGUUGAAAUUUCUAAGCGGUCAUUCCUUAGACUACAAUAAGAUGUUAUCAAGUGUUACUUCAGACACCAUAUUGAUAAUUCUCUGGCAAGUGACAACAAUACCCACAGGCAAAACAAAAAAUAUGGAAGUCACACAAAUAUUUACAUUUGGUGUAUUUUCAAACAACACUAAAUUAACAAGCAAAAAGCAAGCUGAUAAAAAGCUUAGUUUUGUGGAAAAAAAUAAGAUGAAUUAUGAAGUGGUUAGUGUGAUUAAAGCAGGUCAUGAGUGUAAGCCAGUGCUGCGUGGUGCCAUGUUUCAUUCCUUCCCUUACCUUUGGCCUUGGCGUGGAUCAAAAAUUCUGGGAAAAAGGACGACCUAUGACAUCCAAGUUGCAAGUUUGCCUUCCACAUAUUUUGUGAAUACCCUUUCUUUGCCCAACCAAUCAGCAGGUGAAUAGACUCUUAUGCUACUAAUUCAUAUUCAUAGCCAUGUUUCCUAGCCACAACACCAUGGAAGCACUACACCACGUCUUCCAAGCAGGAAAUUAUAUUUGAGUAGACUCUUGAACCACUAACUUACAUACAAAUAAUUUUUAAAGCUGGCUGCAUCAGGUACACGGCUGAUCAAGCUAGUCUAGGUGUGCUACAGUUUUGUGGGGCUUGUCAGGUCCAUUAUAAUCACUAAUAUUUACAAAAUGCUUUUACUGAAAAGGGAAAUUAACAUUUUUCAAGCAUUUCUCAAUCCUCCAUGGCAUUUUAUGAAGUCCAGCCAGCUACCUCAAGAUAAGAAUAUUGAAAUAUUCAAGCAAGGGUUGAAAACUAUAUUGAUAUUCUUGAAGGAAAACACAGCAGUCAGCUAGUAUUCCAAAUAUUACUAUGGAAAAGAAGUAAACUCGUCAGAUUAUAGCACAUGAUGAUGAUAAGGUUAUUCAGUUUAACAACUCAUUAUGCUAUAAUCACAUGAUGCCCGGGAUCAUUAUUCCAACAACCUCAUAGGAAAGUGACAUACUAAUAAAACUAAUUUUUCACAAUUCUCCACAUUGGUAAGACUUAUGAAUGCAAACUUUUCAGUUUUCAUAUAUAUAUAUAUAUAUAUAUAUAUAUAUA